AUGACGAAGAUCAUCCCUAUCGACAGGUACGGAGACACCGACGAGGUCCUCAGAACACUCUCCGUCCUCGACAAGAAAUACAAGGGUUGGACCACCGCGGCAGCCGCUGCCGACGAACAACCAGUUCAACGCUGCAUUGACACUCACCACGACAUCGUUCAUAACAUGCCUUCAAAAGACUCGCCAAUGGACGAUCUCACAGUAUGUGCACUGCGCAGCAUCAUGCCCAAGACAGAGGUGCACAGCUGGAGACGUGACGUCGAGAAAAACAACGGCUGGAUACGAGGUACGCGGGUACCGAAAGGGAAAGGGGUCGUCGUCGAAGCAUUCGGCAUACGUUGGAUCGUGGUAGUCGGAGACAAAACGGUCCUCACCGGUGAAUCACUUCAAUUGAAAUUCCCAUAG